GGGUAUAUAUACGACGAGCGCUGCGGGGCUUGAUAAACACUUGCCCAUCAGCGAUUACUGCUGCAGCAUGUACACGUCACUGGUAGCCGUGAUCGCGCUGGCAAGCUGCGUGGUAGCUGCCCCCGCUCCCGCAGACGAUGUGAUACCUAUCGUCAGCCAAAGCCAGGAGGGUCCAAACCCGGAUGGCUCGUACAAGUGGAACUACGAGGCCGGAAACGGGAUCAAAGCCCAGGAGGAAGGUCAAGUUGAGAACGCAGGCUCGGAGAACGAGGCGAUGAACGCCCAGGGUAGCUUCAGUUACCCGAGCGACGACGGUCAACAAAUCUCGCUGACGUACGUGGCGAACGCCGACGGAUUCCAGCCGCAGGGCGCUCACCUGCCCACCACGCCUGAGAUCCCUCCCCUCAUCCAGAAGGCGUUGGAAUGGAUAGCGGCGCAUCCGUCCAAGGAGGACCAGAAUCAGGUGUAAACAAUAGGACGUCCGUCGUCAGUGAUCUCACCAGAGCGUCCCUCUUUAACUCCUGUCCACGAGAUACAAUGAGUCGCUCGCCGUCGUCGCCUCUCCAGUUCUAACGAAACGCGUAUCACUCUGGUUCAAUCUGUUGUAAAUAUUUAUUGUAUACUUAUAUAUGUACACAUAUAUAUAUGUAUCGUAUCGUGUUGUACCGUAUUAUAUAAUGUAUUGUGUAUUAUGUAUCGUCGCGCGUGCAAACGCGAGCAUGUACCACGAGCAACGACGUUGUAAAUAAUCGUUGUUGUGUGUAUGUGUCACGGUGCAUACGGAUUAAACGUUGCAAUUCAAGAGAGA